AUGGCGGUCCGCCGCUCAGCUCGCCUGAGGAGCAUUCAGUCGCCCGCUCAGGAUUCUCCCUCAGAGUCGACCGAAAACACUGCGGAGAACAACAAACCGCAAAACAAGCUCGAUAGCGUGAUGGAGCGCGAAGAACCUGUUGACGCUCCCGUCAAAACUCAUUCCACCCCGGCAAAAGCCGCCCACACUCCCAAGGCCAAAUCCCACAAAUCGCCCGCCAAAACACCAACCACUUCGAUCACGCGUCCAACCCAUUUCGAGAUGCACCCUAGCAAGGUCCACCAAAGCACCACGAAGCAGGCGGACUCUGGCCUGAUUCUCGGUUUCAAUCCGAUCAAAAAGGACGCUCAGGGCAAUGUGGUAAAGGAGAACCCCGCGCAGAACACACCCAGCAAAGUGAACGCUUCGCCUGCGUCAACCUUCUACGGCACGCCUGCGUUUGAAUUCAAAUUUUCCUGUCAAGACUCGGAGCUUAGCGACGAGGCAAGGAAGCUCAUGGAGAGCGUACGCGAGGAUGUGGCUCGCAUCAAGGCCGACUUGGUCAAAGAAAAUGCCGCCAAGGCUGCCGCGGAAUCAUCACAGAAUGGUGAACGGAAGAUUGCGAAACCAAAGGGGAAAUCCAGCAGAUUCUCCGAUGCCCACAUGGCCGAGUUCAAGAAGAUGGAUUCCAUCGCCGGCCACGCCUCCGCCUUCCGUGCCACACCAGGACGGUUCCAGCCUGUCCAGAAAACACUCAAGAGAACAAACUCCAAGGCGCGUUUGGACGAACUCGAGGGCCAAGAUUCGCCCGCGAAAACCACACCCAAGGCAUCCACUCCCUCCACACCAUCUGCGAAACGUGUCAAGCAGGAUACGGCCGAGGCCACACCUCAAAGCCGCGUGCCCAAGUCUGCCAUCUCGCGACCCCGGUCCAGUAUUCGCAGCUCGCUGUUCACACCAACGCGUGCCUCGCUGGCUCGUGUUUCUGGCAGCCUGAAGCCUCCACGCACUAGCAUGAUUCCGUCGCUCGCACGCUCUCCUAUCGCCAAGCCUGCUGAGGCUCCGAGCACCCCGCGUACCGAAUUCAACCCUCGUUUCAAGAGCAACAUCCCCACGCUAAGCAGCCUCAAGUCUAUUCUUCGCCGUCAUGAGCCCUUGUUCUCCAAGAACCCGUCUAAGAUCGCCGCUGGGACGCAUCAGACUGCUCCUGACUUUAGACCUGAGCUUUUGCUUCAGCCAUCCGGUGAAAGCUCGCCCAUGGCAGCACUCACCCCGUCGCCCAAGAAACGAGUGGAGUUUACACCGUGCACCAAGCCUCGGAUUGCUGAAGAGGUGAUCUCGCCGUCACCAUCGAAGAAACCCGCAACCAUCACGUUCCCUUCCACAUCCGACGUGGUCUAUCCCACCCUUCCUGACCUGAGCCCCGAGCGUAGCGCUUCAACACCCACCGCCAUUCGAUCAGUCCGCCCAUCGGACGUUCCUGUUGAGGCCACUCUGCCUGAGGUUCCCGGGAUGCCUCACGGUCUAAGCCACAAGAAGAGGCACCGCGCGGCCGAGGACGAGACCGAUCGCGAGAACGUUCCUCCGGCCGACGAUGCUCAGGAACGGAGCGUGAAGCGGGUGAAAGUGAGCACGCCCCAAGCUUCGAAGGUCCAUCAGUCCAGCCCACUCAAGCCCCGCUCGCACACUCCUUCGCGUCUAGGCUCUGGGGCAAUUCGCAAGGGGACCCCAGCAAGUGCGCGCGCUAGGAGCCGCGUGCUAAGCAUGAGCCGACUGAACAUGCUAGCCCAGCCGAAGAACCGGCCUUAG